AUGACUUUCCAACAGGAACUUUCAUCCUUCAAAAUACCCAGAGUCCUUGACGUUGCUGAUCCUCCCGUCAUCGGUUCCCCCGCCCCCGCCGAUUCGAAACUAGCUUUAGCCGGGCGCGAUGGGAGGCCGACCAUUAUUGUAUUCCUCCGACACUGCGGCUGUCCCUUCGCAGAAAAAGCCUACCUAGAUCUCUGCAACCUCCCCUCUAUUCGCAACGGCACUAUCAACGGCAUAGUCAUUUCCCAUUCAUCUCCGGAGUCAACCGGGAAAUGGCUCCGGGCAGUCCGUGAGAGUGGGCGGCUACAAUAUAGCGAUAUUAGCCGAUCUGUGACUGUAAUCAACGAUGAGGGCCGGGAGAUCUAUGCGAAAUGGGGUUUGGGGCUCACAUCGACGAUGCAUAUGAUGGAUCCAAGGUCCAUGUAUGCUAUUUUUGCCUUGGGAUUGGGAGAGGGAAUCUGGAAUCGGCCAGUGGAGAGUGGAAAUCGGUGGCAAAUGGGGGGGGCUUUUGCUGUUGAUGCGUCUGGGAUGCUGAGAUGGAUGCAUAUUCCCGGCUAUGUCAGUGACUUGGGCGAUUUGCAUGAGGCGGAGGAGGCUGUGUUGUAG